UAGAAUAUGCUUUAAUUUCAGGAAACAAAUGAAAAAUGGCUCAAAGCUCCCACGGUGGCAGUCAUCGACGUAGUCGAGACCACGACGGCGCAUCCAUGAGGUACACUAACACUGACUGGGAAGCCAAAGAGGCCCUAUAUCAGAGGGAACUUGACGAAGCAAGAGCUCGGGCUACGCAAAUGGAAAAAACCAUGCGUUGGUGGUCAGACUGCACGGCCAACUGGCGAGAGAAGUGGAGCAAGGUUCGUACUGAACGCAACAAGGCUAGAGAAGAGGUCAAACAGUUGAAAAAUAAAGUUGAAUUUAUCACAAAAGAAUUGACGACAGCUAAAACCGAAAAGAACAAUUUGGAACAACAAUUGAUGGACCUGAAAAGAGACAAUGAGAAACUUCUAAGCAUAGGAGAAAGCAGAAUAGUGUCUGGUGACUUGUCAACGGAAGAUGGCGUAGAAUUGAGAAGAAAAAAUUUAGGUUACGUUUCCCCUAAUGAACCUUCAAUACGCCAAAGAGCUUCAUUGGAUUCUCACAAAUUCUCUAAUGUUGAUAACGUACUGGCCAAUAAGUUUAAUGAAAUGAGAAUUCGGCUGGAUGACACGUGUAAAAGUCUGCAAAGUGAGAAGGAUCAAAAAGCAUUCUUGCUUGCUAAAAUUGAGACUCUUACAGCAGAAUUACAUAAUACAAAAAUGGAAUUGACACACAGUGACAGGACAUUGGGGUCCACUGAUUCUAGUCAUAGCGAAGUUGAGAAACUUCAAAAUGAGUUACAAGACGAAAUUGCAGCUAAGCAAGUUCUCGAGGAAAAAGUGACAGAGUACAAAAUGGAAAUGGAAAGAUUGAAGUCUGAAAACACAAUCCAGUGGAGUAAAAGGGAGUUACUAGAAACAGAGAAUGUAGCAAUAUUGAGAGAAAAUAAGAAAUUGUACAGUCAAGUUUGUGAGUUACGUGAACAAAUUCACAAAUUGAAUAGGAUAUCUGACGGUGGAACCUAUGGUAACGAUCGUAGGUUGGAUUCAAAUGUUCUUUACGUAAGAACGAGUGCUAGUCCAAGAUCUCAGGGGUCCAGUAAUGAAUCUUCGGAAGCGAAUCUCGCUCACAUUGAUGGGAAAACGAAUACAUCGGGUGAAGAAGAAGAGUUAGCAAUAGUGGAAAAUUAGACAAGUUGUUGGUAAGCACUAACACAGUACAGUUUUAAGAUAAAGUCGAACGAACUUAGGAACAGAUGAUAAUAGAUGAAUAAAUGAAUGAUGAAAGCUGCAGUGACGCGAUUGUGGCACGGCAGCCGCACAUGUACUAAUUGUGACUGCAAAAGUGGCGUGCGCGUGUCAUGACAGUAGCGCUGCAAUUACACUUCUAAAUAUUGUAUUAAAAUUAGGAGUGGCGCGGCUGCGGUUUUUUUAAAAUUAAUCGAUAUUGUAGUGCUGAUCUCCUAGUAAAUAAAAAUUGUUCCCUCUAAAUUUCUUGGUAUCGGCCGUAGAAGAAAAAUUAUUAGAAUAAAAAGUGUUUAUUCCGGUCUAUUCUACUAGAAGCAAGUCAAAACCAAAUUCAAACUACAAUAACAUUUAAAAAAGGGUCAAAAAUUUGUCCCGUUUCCAUAGUAUCCCCUUCGCUUCAGUUAGACCGCGGCUGCAGCGCCACAGAUGCGCCACUGAAGCGUUUCUACAAGCGUCUAAUUUGAAGGCGCUCUAAGUCCAUAGGACUUAGGCGCCUUCAGAUUUCUACACUAACUAUUGGGUAAUUGUAACAGUUUAAAAUAACUAAAUAUCUAAUAUUGUUUACUACCUAAAGGGCCGUAUUUUCGGAAAUUUUGCUUCCUACCAAGUUUUAUUACAUAAUUGGUAUAACAGGAAUUAGUUAUAUUGCAAUUUAAAAGUCACAAUUACUCCAUUGUUACAAAUAGAUAAAGUCGAAUAUUAGAAAUCUAAUAAACACAAUCAUCCAAACUUUACCGUUUUGUUCUGUGCUUACAAAAUGAAUUCUUAAAUCUAGAAGGUUUAAUUAAUUCUAGAUGUUACAGAUAAAUCAAUAAGCUUGAAAAUUUUGACAACACUUCACGACGAUUCAUUUGAACAGAAUGACAGCUUCAAUUAUUCUUGUUUAAUUUAUCAGUAAAAAUUGAAUAUAGAACGAUAAAUAGAAAAGUCUUGAUGAUUGUGAAAAAAGAUUUUCUUUUCUUUCUUUUAUAAAGUCUAACCCCGCGGGAUGUAACAUGUGCUUAUAUAGAUCUACAAUAACAAAUUGAUAUUACUAAGUUAAAAAUUGUGAAUGCAAUAUUUAUUCAAAUUAAAGUUGUGAAAGUAAUAUUUAGCAAUAUUUUUAGUACAGAGCAAUAAAUAAACGUAUCAUUCAGAAUUAGCAUUCCAUAACAUUAUUAUAUAGAUAGAGAAUGUUCUUUUUUCUAACAAAAAUAUUUUGGCAAGUUAAGAAAGAAUAUGGUCUCUUUAAAACAUGUUAAUUUGCUGUCCUAUUAAAUCUAACAAAGUUCCGGAAAUUGAUUUAGUAAGAGCAUUUAAUUUCUAAAAUAAUUGUAUAUAGAGUAGAAUUGUUGAGAUGACGAUUUUGUUGUGUACCAGUCUUUAUCUAUUUUUGCUCCUCAUUUGAAAACUGAGGAACACAAAGCACGACAAAUACUUAAUAAAGUAAUAAACAAAGUAGUGGACGCUUCAGUCCAUCAUAUUUUGAGCU